UGUCAUCCACAUCUCCGCAAUCUCAUCCACCACAGACCUUCCUCCACCACAGACCGCAUCUCCUCAGCUGCCGCCGUCGCGCCCCCAUCUCCUCCUCCUCCUCCACCGACCGCCGCGCCCCUCCAUCAACUGCCACACCCUCGUCUCCUCCCUCCACCAACUGCCGCGGCAGACACGCUCCUCCUCCGUCAGCCAAACCGAUCGUGCCUCCCUCCUCCACCUCCGACUGUGCCUCCCUCCCCAGAUCCCUCCGCACCGUCGACCUCUCUCGCGGAUGAGGAGGCGCAACGGCCCCCUCCCCUCCAUCCGUCUCCAGCCGGCGCCCCCUCCCUCCCGGCGUAGGUAGUGGCGAAUCCGCUGCGGGUGGCCUAGGCUCGACCUCCUGGCGCGGGCGCCGGCAGCAUAGGCAUGGGGGCGCCCGGCGCAUCGCACGACGGCGACGUGGCUAACUCAAGCACCUCCAGAAGGAGUGGCACACGCUAUGCAAGGAGCCGCUGCUGCAGAUCGUGGCUCGCCCGCUUCCCAACGAUAUAUUGGAGUGGCACUAUGUUCUUGAAGGAAGUAAAGGCAUACCCUUUGAAGGCUAACAAAGAUGGGGGACAAAUUGUAGAGGUUGCUGCUACAACAAACAUGGGUGAAGAAAAUGAAAACCAAGAUAGCAGCCCACCACAAACACAACUUGUAGCUACCACAGCGGCAGAUGCGGAGACAGAGUCAAGAUGGAGGCGAUGUCAACGUUCAGACUUACAACAAUUUGUUAAUACACCCGUACCUGAAGUCGAUCCAGUCACAAGUAACAGCCAAUGGGAUUUCUCAAUGCAUGUUCCCCAACGAUCCUUAACUCCUGAUGGUCAACUGCUCAGCCUAUUACACCAAAUAGCAGAAGUUGCUCUCGACAUCAAAGAAGCAUCAGAGACGGUUCUUCAGCAUAAGGAGGAUUGCAUUGAGCUUGAUAAACGUGUGAGUAGAGUCAGUGCCCUCCUGUCGAAGCUCAAGAAUACGGAGAUGGUGGAGAAACAAGCCAUGAAAAACGAACUGAAGAAGCUCCUUCAGACUUUUCCGUCGUGGCCACACACUCGUCAUGAUCUGCCAGAGAAGCGGCAUUGUCACCAUGUUCGUUUGCAGCCCGCCUUGCACGCUAUCCAAACAGCUAAGCGCAUUAUUGGAUCAACUGGUGCCUCACGUGAAUGCUAUAAUUGCAGUCAUUGUCAAUAGCACCCUCCGCCCCCAAAGGUACCACCUACUUACCUUCGGACAGAUUAGUCAAUCCUCUGCUUGAAGGGACCAGACACCAUAAGAAAAACUUGCUGGUUCCUGACUUUCGAAACAAAAAAAUCCCCAAAUUGUUAUC